AUGAGUAACUACAAUCCAAAAACUCCGAUGCAAACAGCAAGACCAAAAAAUGAACAUUUCUAUACAAAAUUUCAAGUUCAUUAUGCAGGUGACAUCCAUGAAAUCGUUUUGAAGACUAAUCAAGAACCAACAUGUGGUGAUCUAGCAAAAGCUUUACAGCAAACAUAUCGUGUUCCAAUGGAUAAACAAAUGGUGUACUAUCGUGGCCAGCCACUUCAUCAUCAUAGUCCUAGUGGUUAUGAACGUCCUCUAGCAAGAUAUGGCAUGUUUUCGGGAAAUUUAAUUCGCUUGGUUGGUAAACGCGGAUUGAUUUAA